GUCAAUUUUAUUCCAAAACAAUUGAAAUUAUUAACCGCUUACGUGUUUCAGGCAUGAUCCUAAGCACGAAUUCAUUUGCUUCUCAUAAUAACUGUGAAGUGGGCACUAUUCUCACUCCCAUUUGACAAAUGAAGUGGCCGAUAUACAGAGUGAUUUGCCCAAGGCCAUAUAACUAACUAGUAAGUGGCAAUGCCAGGAUAAUAAUUUAGGUUGACUAACUUGAGAGCCUGAGUCUUAGCCAUGCAUGCUGUAAACAAAAAUUAGAAAUCAAAACUUCUGAAUUCCACUGAAGAGUUCACUUUAAGCAAACGGGGUGAAGGUCGGAUUAGCCACUAACGGUUUGAAAAGCACAACAGGGAGGGAUUGCCUCACCAGCUUGCUUUCUAUAGAGUAGCGGCAACGGACCUGCCUGUUUCGCUGAAACUGUUAACCCCCCAAGUUGAGAAUUUGCACUAACUAAGUCGAAUUUGCAGUUAGGAAACCUUCCUGGAUUCCUGGGGCAGUGCCGAGUGGUGCGAGCAAAGGCCGGGCCCACUGCCAGAGGCCCGCGCCGCUUGCGGCACAGAACCUGAGAGUGGGAAGGCGUAGGCGCCCGGGCGGGAGGCGCCCGGGGUGUGGAAACUCUCGCGGGAAGAUGCGUCGUUGCCUCGGUAACCGCGCCGCAGUCGCUAAAGAUGGCGGGGCGAAGUCUGGGUCUCACGAGAAGCAGCGUUCCAGGGACUCCGCUUCCGCCACCCCUUCAGCAACCCUCUACACCUGGACCCGAUCUCCUCGCCUUGGAGGAAGAAUAUAAGAUCUUCAGUAUAUCCCAAUUAUUUUCUGCUUUUAGGCGUUUAAAUGCAGAGUUGCAGGCAAAAACAGCUGACGUAGUUCGACAAGCUAAGGAAAUAAUAAGAGAUCGGCAAGAAGUACAAUCUAGGCCUGUUUCAACACAAAUGAAAUCAUGUGAUGAUGAAGAUGAUUACAGUUUAAGAGGUCUAUUACCAUCUGAAGGGAUAGUUCAUCUUCAUUCAGAAACUAAGCCAAAGACCAAAAACACUGAUCCUGUAAACAAGGUUCAAAACAAAUUACACUCUGCAAAUAAAGGAAGGAAAACAAAUUCAAGUGUUAAAUUGAAAUACUCUGAUGUCCAAACUGCCAACGAUGUUGCCAUUCCAGAGGAUUUCUCAGACUUUUCCCUUGCAAAAACAAUUAGCAAAAUUGAAGGGCAACUGGAGGAAGAAGGCUUACCUGAAUAUAUAGAUGAUAUUUUUUCUGGUGUUAGUAAUGACAUUGGAACAGAAGCACAGAUCAGAUUUCUAAAGGCCAAACUCCGUGUUAUGCAGGAGGAGUUGGAUAAUGUUGUAUGUGAAUGCAAUAAAAAGGAGGAUGAAAUUCAGAAUUUAAAGUCUCAAGUAAAAAAUUUUGAAGAAGAUUUUAUGAGACAGCAGCGAACAAUUAAUAUGCAACAGUCUCAAGUAGAAAAAUACAAGACUCUUUUCGAAGAAGCAAACAAAAAGUGUGAUGGAUUACAGCAACAGUUGUCUUCAGUAGAAAGGGAAUUAGAAAAUAAAAGAAGACUGCACAAACAGGCUGCAAGUAGUCAAAGUGCCACAGAGGUUCGCUUGAAUAGAGCUCUAGAAGAAGCAGAAAAGUAUAAACUGGAGUUAAGUAAAUUAAGGCAAAAUAACAAGGACAUAGCAAAUGAAGAACACAAAAAAAUUGAAGUGUUAAAAUCAGAAAACAAGAAGCUAGAAAAACAAAAAGGAGAAUUAAUGAUAGGGUUCAAGAAACAGUUAAAAUUAAUUGAUGUUUUAAAAAGGCAAAAGAUGCAUAUUGAAGCUGCCAAGAUGCUAUCUUUCACUGAGGAGGAAUUUAUGAAAGCACUUGAAUGGGGAAAUUCAUAAGUGAUCUACUUCAGUUAGUCUCUAUGACAGUAUGUGAUGGAUACCCAUUUUACUUAUUGUAAUGGUUUGAAUGAUUUUUACUCUUCAUAAGUAAUAUAUUUGAUUAUGAAAUCAAAAUAAUUUCAAAGAAUUCCCUUUUUAGAUUUAGGAGAUACAAAACUGAUGCAUUAUUCUGAUAUGUAGUUAUUAGAAAAAAAAUUUUGUAAAAUAAAGCAACAAUUUAACUCUUGA